ACGGCGACGGCCAAAGCAUACUUACUUCUGAUCUAGCUGGGACUAUAUCAAAACGUCGUCACUCUCGUCGCUGCCGUUCGUUGGUGCUGACCUAGCUGAAAAAUCGAGUGCUCUUCACUCCGUACAGGCCACUUUUCGCGUGAAGAAAAAUAUAAUAAGAAGAAAUUUUCCACUUUAGAUUCGAAUUUUCCACUGUAUUUUAGAGGAAAACGUAGUAAAUUAUUGGUCGCUAUGGUCAUCGGUUCCACACGGAAGUCGUUAUUCGGCUAGUGCAAAUCGAAGAAAAGUCCCGUUCAAGUAGGCGACGGAUAGUGAAAAUUUCACAUUUUCCCCAUGGUGAUGAAAAUGGGACGGAAAAAUUGGCUGCUCUAAUGUCGCAUUGCGGAUGAUGAAGGUUGGAAAGUGAAAAACGGGGAUGAAUAUGCUUUUUUGAAUGGUUAUUAUGUAGUGUUUCAAGUGUUGGGUGAUUCCAUUGAAAUUAAUGAUCUGUUGAAGUGGUAUUAAGAUUAUGUGUGGUUAGAAAAUUGGUAUUUAAUGAGGAAAAAUUCGUAACAUGGCAGAAAUAUUGUGACGGAAGCAGUACGUAACAAUACAGGAAAAGGAAAAUCUUCCAGGAGGUGAAGAAGCAAUGGAGCGAUGUGAUAGUCGAAAUGUUCUAUGAACAAACGUGAAGCAGAUUCAGUGGAAUCAACGAAUACCUGGUGCUGUGAAUAAUUUUUAUUGGUGAUAAACAACGACACAGAACGGUCCUGUCCAACCAUAGAAGCAGGAUCAUCAAAGUCUUCAGAAAAUACAACAUUUUUUAUAGGAGAACAACGUUUGCUGCAAUAAGCAACAGGCAACAAAUCAUCCGUCAAAAUGGAUCGAAAGCAUUGGAUUUUAAUCCCGAUAGCGCUAGUAGGAGUGUUUUGGUUUUGGAUUCCACAGGUGUCAGCCGAGUGCCAAACUCGGUCGAUCUACUGUUACGAGUGCGACAGCUGGACGGACGCCCGCUGCAAGGAUCCCUUCAACUACACAGCGCUUCCCCGCGAUCAGCCCCCGCUGAUGACGUGCAACGGCUGUUGCGUAAAGAUGGUGCGACACUCGCGGACGCCUUAUGAAGUUGUAAGACGAAUGUGCACAUCACAGUUACAGAUAAAUCUAUUUAUGGUAGAUCAUGUGUGUAUGAUGGAAAGUUCAGGCAAUGGUCAUAUGUGUUUUUGUGAGGAAGAUAUGUGUAACUCGAGCCCUAGCUUACUUAUCACUAACCAUCUCAAUGUGAAGAUGUGCGUCAGUAGCGUAAUAGCCGUUUUUCUACUAAAUGUCGUGCAGAGAGUGCUUCGGUAAACCGCGAGAGUUCGCUGGUUUAGCAGACCAAAAUUCGCCGUUGAACACUGGCGCAGAAUCGCUGGGAAACGUGAAACGUGAAAACUACAAGGAAACCCCUUUUUUAUAGUCGGUAGAUAAUUGAACGCAAAACUAGCAACACAUUACAUGAAGGUUGUUUUCGUUAACCCGGAAAUUAACCUUGGACGUUUUUUGAGUUAUUUCCAGGUCCUCUACAGUACUGCACCGCAAAGCCUUUCAAUUGUGCAGAGAGAAACUUGAAACACAAUAUUUCACACACACACCCAACUCACAUACUAACACUUUGUAUUACCCCUGUUGAAUCGAUCGCAGGCUGGCUUACGAACAUCGAAACCCUCCUUGUCUGAUUCAGUUUUUUUUUAUGUUACCGAACUUAGUUCUGUAUUUUAGUUCAGAAGUACCCAUCCACGUUUCAAUUGUCUCCUCUCGUUCAAGCUAAUACAACACAUCAAACCCUAGUCAGAAGGCCCCGAACUCCUCCCGGACAGCUACUGUAAUCACUUGAUUGGAUUGCUCAGAACGUAAAGGUUGAACAUAAAGUUGAACAUUUCUUUGAAUUUUGUAUGAUCAUUUAUCCCAUUCCUAGUUUUGUAUUUCACGGAAAAAAAUAUGAAAUUGAUUAGAAUGUAACCACUUCAUCAUUAUUUAGGUCUCACUCCUAGCUAUCGUGCUACGAUUGCACACUCCACUUAGAACAGAUUAGAAUAUUAAAACAAAACAAGUUUUUUUUAUCCUUUGUGAAUUAAGCAGUAUACCUAAUCAUUAGUCCAAUCUCCAAUUUUUACUCUAUUCCUCUCAGUAACUGCAUGUGAACAUUAAAAAUUUAAUAUUAAGAUUCGUUUGUUUUGUUUUCCUUUUGAUCUUUUUUAAUCACUUUAUCACUCAAACCCAGCAAAGAAAAGUUUCCCUCUUACCUUCUAUAGAUAGUCUGCAUAAAACGAGUUUCUCUACUCUUGUAAAAAAAUAGUUGAAUGAUUAGUUACGUUCCAUCCACUUCUUAAAAUUUGUACAGUUACCUACAUAGACUAAUUUAGGCCAGUUUUGAAAUGAUAAUGAGCUAACGAUAUAUCACACUGAAUAGAACACUUAUGAGAGAUUUGAGACAGUUAUGCUACUUGCAUAUAACAAACGCAUAAUAGAGAGCAAGAUAAACAGCCUGGCUAGUGGCCCCGUGUGCGUAGAGCCGUUUCUUGAAUUUCACCUGUUGUUGGUUUGUUCUCAAUCGCAGUUUUUUACAGUAGUUAGAGUUUUGUAAUGCCAAUAAAAUAGACACAUCUAUUCACUCGUCCAUUACAUCUGAUUAGUAGUUGAGUUUCAAAGCUCUGUUAUCAAUAAAAUUGAGUUGUUAGUUAUACUUCUAGAAAUCAUCGACUCAUUUGUCAUACUGUACAUAGCCAAGUCAAAACUUUUUUUUUUCUUCUAACCGAAUAGAAUCGCUAAAUAAAACGUAUAUCAACUACAAAUCUAUAUAGCUAUUAUUACUUAACUAAAUCAAAACCAAAACAGCCAAACAGUUGCUCAGCUUUCCCACACGACAUUCGAAACAGGAGAUGUUAAGUAAGUAAGCAGGAAGGUAUCUUCAGUCGAUACCUUCCGAUUUUUUUUUUGUGAAUACGAAAGAAACAUGUCGGAAAGAAGUGUGCUAACGGUUACAGUCAUCAUCUUUAGUUAACUUGUAAAUAAAGACUUGGUUUAGUUAACAACUCCUAGUUUCACUUUACUAAUGUAACUGCAUGUCUGUUUGAUUUUUCAUUAGAUUUUGGUUAAAUUUUUGCAUGUCGUUUAUGAAGUCUAGUCAUUUUGAGGUUUGGAACAUGUUUGCAAAUGACUUUAUACCUAAUUAUAUAUUCUACAGGAGAAGGGAAAAUACGCAACAACGGACUCAUUAUAUUAUGCAUUGCAAGAAACAUGUUUGCACAAAGUUGUGCGAAAACGCCAAUAGAUAUGUGCGGUUGCAUUUGAUCGUUUCGGUGUCUUCUGCGCGCGCGCAGUCAAUCUAUGCGCGAUUUUGGACACUUUUGCGCGAUAUCUACGCGAAACGCGCAAUACCCACCCGCGCGUCAUAACGU